AUGAUUGCUAGAGCUGACACGACGGCUAUCACCCUUAAUACAGCGCUAUACUACUCUUUAAAACAACCAAUUAUCUGGCAGCGCCUUAAAUCAGAAAUCCCUUCCCAAGACUCGAAGUCGUCAAUUUCGGCAACGUCCUACAAGAAUUCCAGAAAUUUUCCAUACUUGAAUGCAGUUGUCCGUGAAGCGUUAAGGUACCAUCCCGGCGUUUCCAUGCUUCUUGAACGAAACGUACCCGAAGGAGGUCUUAAUCUCCCAGAUGAACGUCAUGUCCCAGCAGGCUGCGUGGUUGGAAUGAAUCCUUACGUUCUUGGGCGAAAUAAGUCGGUCUUUGGGGAGGAUGCUGACACAUUCCGCCCUGGGCGAUGGCUUCGCGACGAAGAACUGGAGACCGAAGAGGAAUUUCAACAACGUCUUCACCUUAUGAAUAAUAGGGACCUGGCAUUUGGAGGCGGCAGUCGUAUCUGCCUCGGCAAGCACUUAGGUCUAGUUGAGGUGUAUAAGGUUCUUGCUACCAUUAUUUCUCGCUAUGGUAUAAGCUUUGUCGAUCCGACUAGGGAAUGCUUUUUUGUGCGACAAAGUGGCAUCAAGCUGAAGCUUUCAAGCCGCACAUAA